CCUCCUUCGAUAAUGCCCGCUCGUGACUGAGCGCCCGCUCUCCAUGUCCUCGUCCGCGCUCCUCGUCUCCGAAGACGCGUCGCGUGCGCGGUCCGGCAUCCUGACGCCCACUUCCGAGGGCAGCCUCAACUUGAAUCUGAGCCGCCAUCAUGGGGUCUCUUCGCCACGCGGCGAUGCAAAAAAGUCGGGCGUCGCGGUGACCAUGGAGCAGCUGCUCAAGCCGUCCAUUGCCGUCAAGCCGCAUCCACCGAAUCUGCAUGUCCCGCCCCGCGUUCUGCACCCGUUGAUGCUUCUGCCGCGCGAACACCUGCCGCUGUCCUAUAUCGACUUUGCCGCUUGCCACGGUGACUUCCCCCAGUCCCGGUUCUACGAAUCCUACAUCCACAUCCUCGAUCUCGAAAGCCGGCUGGGCCCCGCUCCCAUCGUGCUCAUCGCCCGCAACGAAUUGAGGGGCACCGUUUAUGCUCUAGAGAGACAGUCCAAUGGGUUGUAUGUGCUCUGCAAAUUGGCGCCAUGGGCCGACCUGGAGAGUCUGGCACAAAAGGCCACGGCCGUCAGAUAUGAACGUCUUGCUCCCGUGAAAGCGGAGCGAAUCGAGCACCCUGCCGGCGAAGCACUCAUAACCCCUCAGCUGCAUGUCGAACAAAAGAAGAAGAGGGCUGCCAUCGAAGCCAUCCAGUCGCAGAUGAGGAAGCGCGUAAGAUCACAGUCUGUGUCGACAGUCGGAAUCAUGACGAAAGAAGAAGAACCACAGGAGCCUGAGUCCCUGAUAUCACAGCUGCCGUCACCAGACAUGAGCUCGGAACAGGUUCCCCUGCCAGGAUCUGAGGACAGGAUCAAUUCCAUCAACAUGGCCAGCAGCGCAGAGGAGAUUUUUGAGGGCAUCAGAACUCAUUACUUCGACGCGCUGUACAAGUCCAUGAUCGAUAAGAAAUAUCGCGAGUCAAUCCCGGAGAUCAUCGCCAAACUCAAAGACCGUAUCGACAGUUCCGACGAGGGCCGCAAACGCAAGCGCAAGCCCAAGAAGAUGAAGCUUGGGAAAAGUGGACUGUAUCCGCUGGAGGAUGAGAGUGUUAUGCGGUGGUGGGCUGCGAACAAGCCGGAAGCGAAUGACGACGGAGCUCCGAUUACACCAUCCCAGAUCAAGUCUCAUGUUUCCAUUCUGCGAACGAGAGAAACCAAACUGCAGAUGAUUCUCAUAAUGGAAAUCCUUGCUCUUGAACCUCUCAAGGCUGCUGGCGAAAGUGGCGAGGCGAAUUUGCCUGCCCUUCCUGGAGCUGCCGAUUCUGGAGACCUACUGGAGAAUAUCCUGCAUCCUCAACCGAAGAAGAGAAACAAGCACAAUCUUCCUGUUCUGCUGGAUGUCCAUGCCGAUCGCCUAACCAUCUGGCAGUCUACCGCGAGCGACGAGCAGCUGCUGCUUGAAGACGCCCCAUCUUCGCAGACACCCUUGGAUGGCAACCUGGACAAGAAGGCAUCGUCCGAACCUCUGCGUGAUUUCUGCGUCGAUGUCAUUAUGCCCUUCUUUUCCGCUCGCUUGCCUGAACUUUGCGACUCCAUCAGCCGCAAGCUUGGAGGCCCUGUCAUCAUAGCCCCGGUAAAGGCCAAGUCCAUCAAACGACCGCCGGGAACGCGAGAUCUCAAGCCUGGCACUGUUGCCAGGCGGCCUCAGCCCCCGAACCCCCGCAAGACGCUGCAGCGCGCCCUUUCAACGGAACAGCAGAACCGGAGAAGCAUUUCCAGGGGACCCAGCAAUGCAAUUGCUCUUUUGCGAUCAGCCACUUCCACUGCUCUUCCAACCGUCAAACGGGAGAGCUUGGACCCGACCGGUCCCAUGUCACUGCUUCCCACUGACUCACAGAGAAGGGCUCAGUCCCUAUCUCGGAGCAGCAGUAUGCAUAACCCGUUCGAUGCCAGAGCUAGUAGAAAGGCCGAAGUGGAGACUGAGCUCAAGGAGGCCAUCUCAGCUCUGAGGAAGCCCAAUCGGGAGGUUGUAGGCAAAGCGAUGGCCGAGGCAGACGAGCGGAAAGCAUCGACCAGCCUCGCCACAAAGAAACUCAAAAGGGUGCCUCCCAGGAGUGCUUUAGCUUCAGCUGUCCAGGUCAAGGCCACACCAGCGAAUAAUCGAUUCAAAAAUAUGAUGCCUACCAAGUCGAACGGGGGCCAGGCAGAGGGCUUUGACGAACUGAUUCCCCCAUCAAGCGUCACGGCCUUUAUUCCUUCUACGGGAAAGCGGCCCGCUCUUAGGGAGAUGUAUAAGCGCAGUCCAUCUCCAGCGACGGAUACAGUAGGCGACACACCGACCAAGACUUCGGCCAAACCCAGCUUCAUACGCCGACCUUUGAACGAACAAAUGACGUUCCCGCCUUCCUCCCCGGCCGUCCAGAGAGAAUCAAACUCUGAAGAUUUUGUGGUGGCGGAUAGCGCGGUCAAGCCUCCGCGGACGAGUGCCUACGAAGCCCCUGACUUGAUGGAGACGCCGCAGGAGUCAAAGGGGAAGAGUGUGUCAAUAUUUGACAGACUUGGAUGGAAUGACGAUUUUGAUGAUUUAUGA